AUGGAUUUCGGGGAUCCUGAUGGUGGGGGGUUCGGCGACGAACAACCCAAGAAGCCCAGAGAGCUGCCAUCCGACCUGCCCAAGUCGCUAGACGAUCGCAGACAUGUUACCACCGAGCUGGUCCGCGAGACCGAGUUCUACGACGGCUGGCAAGGACAAUCGCAGUUCUUGACCAGCCCCAUGCUGGCAAAGCCCCUGCAGUUCAGCGAGCUGACCCUCGACGACCCAAACUACGAUCAAGAUGUCACCAAGGGCAUCGCCGACAGCGAUACCCGACUGAUGGAGAUGCUGGCCGCCCAAGCCCAGCAUCAUGGCGGCGACGGCCUCGUGGACGCCGACGCCAUUGCCGGAGACGAGAAGACGUCGGACGAGGAGAAGAACAAGAUCCUACAGAAGUCCCUGGCCAUGGCUGCGAGCAACGGAGACCUAGGCCAGGUCAACAAGAUCCUUGGUGGGAAGGCAAAGGCCUUCGUGGACGUAAAUGCGCCUGAUGAAGACGGGACGCCGCCGCUCGUCUACGCAAGUUGUUUCGGCCAUGAGAGUGUAGUGCAAGCCUUGGUUGAUGCCGGAGUGGAUGUCGACAAGCAAGAUCGUAACCAGUGGAGUGCCUUGAUGUGGGCAAUGACCAACCGCCACAAGGGAAUAGCCAAGAUCUUGCUGGACAGCGGAGCAUCGGCCGAGGCGAAAACCUCUUCUGGCAGAACAGCAUUCGAUUUUGUCGCACCGGAUAGCGAAAUGUCCUUCUACCUAAGCGACAAUGGCUACAACAUUGGUACUGCAGGUGUCACAGACGAUUUCUACCAGCCAGGCUUCUCGCAGGACCGGUUCGAGGAAGAACUCGCCGAAAGCGAACUGCGGCGGCGAAUGAUGAUGGACAGUGCUCGCGAUCUCGAGGUUGAUCUCGGCAACGUGGGUAUGGACGAUCAACCAGAAGCCGUUGAUGAGUUUGACGAAGAAGCACAAGAGUUCGACUGGAGUCGCUGUCUUCAUGACCAGAUGUUCGUCUUCCAAGAAAACCAACUGGACAGAAUACUGGACAUUAUCAUUACAAACAUGAGCCCGCAGAGAUCGCCAUCUCAGAAACCCGUUCCGGCGAACAUGAUCUUCUUGAGCGCACGCUAUGCGCACUAUCAUUCAAGUCGCGAACUACUAGCAGAGCUCCUAAUUCGUGCUCAAGACAAAAUUAAUGAUGUCGUCGAGAAGCAUCAGUGGGACAUGACCAUCCUUGCAUUCUGGAUGUCAAAUGCCACUCUUCUGCUUCACUACUUAAAGAAGGAUGCGGGGCUUGUUGAGGCUACAACCGAGUUCCAAGCCCAACUGGCUGAACUGGUCAACGAGAUAUUCAUUCUUAUUGUCAGAGAUGCCGAAAGGCGCCUUGACAAGGUCCUAGACAUAGCCAUGCUGGAACACGAGACCAUUCCCGGCUUCGAAGAUGUCACGUUCCAGCACGAGUGGAAGCUGUUCAAGAGGAAAAAGGAGGUGAAGGCCGAGCCGCUCGAAAAGCGAAUGCGCCCGCCUUCGCCCAAACAGCGAGCAAAGCCUGCUCCGCGAAAUGUUACGUCCCUCUUAUCGUCGACCCUAUUUGUGCUCGACCUCUACGAUAUCCAUUCUGUCAUAACGUCUCAGAUUACCUCGCAGCUACUGUAUUGGCUCGGUGCAGAGCUCUUCAAUCGCAUCAUGAACAAUAGGAAGUAUCUUGCGCGAACCAAAGCUAUGCAGAUCCGAAUGAACGUCUCAGUCUUGGAGGACUGGGCACGCUCAAACAAUCGGAAGCCGGAGCAUUACGAACACGGGGAGACGACUGCUUCGGGUGAGACCACUGUCGAUGCUGCACGGCGACAUCUAGCUCCGGUCAUUCAAUUACUUCAAUGGCUUCAGUGUUUUUCUUCCCUCGACCCAGAUGACUUGGAGGCGUUAGUAGGCACGCUCCAACAACUCCCUCGGUUGAGCCCACAGCAACUCAUAUACACGGCGAAAUAUUACCGGCCGGAAGUUGGAGAGAAGGGCUUGCCCAAGAGUGCAAUGAAGUACCUCGAGGCCAUCCAAAAGGAGGCAGCUAUCAAACGAGAUCGGCGGAGGACAGCCUCACCUUUACCUGGCAGCAGUCCUUCUACACCAAUCAGAAGCACAAACGGCCACGAGGGAGGUGGCUUGGGCAGUGCACAAGGUACUCCAAAUCCUGAUGCCGAUGAAGAUGAUGAUAUGCCAGAGGGCCUCAACCUUGAUCCCUCCCUCAUGUUACCGUUUUCUCUGCCGUCUGUAACAGACAUGCUGGUCACCUACGGUGCUGGUUUUGGUGGGCUUAACAAGGAGCGCGAGAGGAAGUACAUCCCGACCGUACCUCCUGAGUUUUUGGAGAAGCUGGAAUUAAGUGGCCAGGAGAAGCGCAUGUUUGGCGAAAAAGACUGGGAGAAUGAAGAAGUAUGA